GCCCGUCCUGAAGGCGGCAGAUUGAACCGAGUACUAGCAUCGCAAUAGAAAUCGUCAGUGGACGUAACUAAAGUUAUACACUGUUUAAAAAACGCAAAGGAAAUCUAAAACCAUUUCUCUGCAACUUUACGAGAGCAGAUUUUUCCUUCGCUGUCCAUCAUGAAGACCUCUGAUCACGAGGAAUGUGGUGUUUGGCUAGAAACUGUGGAGCUGAAAGGAAAAGCUAAAAAGAAGAGCCGUGCCCGGCCCAUUUCCAAACUGCUGAAUCCCUUUUCUGAAGGUGCUGGAUACAGUUUGGCAGUGGCACUCAACUUCACUCAGACCAAAAUAGAAAUGCCAAAAACCAAACAGAGCUCGAUAUCAACCUUCUUCACAGCUCAGCGAAGAGUCCUGAAUAAGAUUUCCACUUCUGAGCUACCAAACAUGGAUCCAGUGCAGCCUCUUUCAUCGUUUGACUCCACUACAGCCACAGGAUCGGGGCGAAAACGAGGGCGUGAUGUUGACUUUAAACCUGUUUUGAAUCCUGAGUGGAAAAGGGAAAAUGUGACUGAGAAGGAAGCAGAAUUAUGGCAGAAGCGGUCAGAAAACUAUUCACCUUCGCAAAGCAUAUACUGUGAAUCUAAAGAAGAGACGCCUGAAGAGUGUGAACCACCACAGAGUAAGAGGAGGCUCUCUGAUCCCACCUUUACAACAGAUGACAGUCAACCUCUGCCACAGGCGUGGAGUCAGGACCCACUGUUCACUUUUAGUCAGUACAUUGAAAAUGACUUUCAUCAAACUAACCACAAAUGCACCACAGUGAAGAACUUUAGUAGAACUGAGCCAAGUUUCCUGAACAGUCUACAGAAUGAGGAGGUCUUUAGAAAUCUGAUAGAUGCAGAAGAAAGAACCUCAACUCAAAAAUCUUUCAAACACCUUCAUUCAUCUCAGAUGAUUGAUGAGAAAGAAAACAGCAGGCCGCUGUCUUAUAAUUCCCCAAGCACGCGCUCAUCUACCUCCUGUUUUAGACCCUUUUCAAAUCAUAAGUGGACAGAACCAAAAACUGCUUCACCUCGGAAAAACACAGAUCAGCUGUGGAAAAAGCCUGCCAAAGAAGAGAGCUCUGCCUCACAGAUCAAGUGGACAAAACCGAUUACGUCUCCUCUUAAAAGACAAGCACCACAGCAGGGAAGCAGGGAGGUUGAUGAGGACAGUUUGGCCACUUUGUUCACUCAGGACUCUGAAGGCUUCAGGGUGAUCGCACAUAGAAGUCUGCAAACCAGGAGUCCUCUCAAAGAUCAGAGUAAUGUCAGCACUGGAGUGGUGAGUUCUUACAAGUCUCUGUUGGAGGAGAAUGAAGAGGAUGAAGAGAUGCUCUUUACUCAAGACUCUCAGGGAAAUGUAGUGAUCAAACACUGAAAAACACCUUUUAAAUGUACUACACAUUUUAGAUGCCAUCUUUAGUACAAAUAUGUGGAUUUUUGGAGGAUAAAGUGUUGAAAAAUCAUUUUUAACAUCCACAUUGGACAUACAGUUCAACAGCAUGACCAUAAACUGUGUAUAAAUAAAAGAUGGAUGUGGGAUUUAUGCGUGAGAAGUGCCUUAAACCUGCAUUCUUUUUAAUGGCCAGCAGGGGGCAGGUCAUGGACUGAUAAAAGUAGAUUACUUGCAAGUCAGGGAAGUGAGCUUUCAGCACCUUUGAUCUAUGACCCCAUUUAAUUACUUUAAUGAGGAGUUUAUGGUCUCAUUUGCUUCUUUUAGGUCCUGCUUAAUAUGUGAUUUUGUAAAUUAUGGGCCCCAUUAGAGAUGUUUAUAUUUAUGCGAGCCCAUUAGACAAGUUGCUAAAAUAUGAGUAUCCGGUGUCCCUGGGUUUCUCACUGUCACAUCCUGUUUCAAAACACUAAGAUGGUGAAGUCAAAAAGCUCAGCGUGAGAAUUUAAGAUGGGCCUUCAGUAACCAGUGAGUGACAUCACAGUGGCUACCUCUUUUAUAUACAGUCUGUGAAUCUGGCAAUGCACUGCGUGUCCAUGACGGCAUGCAUCAAACCUGGUUUUGAAGUGUUUAUUCCACGCAAGGUGUUGUGGCAAUCCAGAAGGGCCAAAUAUCAUCAGUUCUUAAACCUGUCUAUAUCACAUCUUAGUUUACAGGAGUGAGCUUGAGAACAGCCUGUUCUUCUGUACGUUCCCAGAGAUUUUAUUCUUUGUUUCUGUAUUCCAUGCUGU